UUUGUCAGCUUUUUGUCAUAAAAUUACAUUCAAUUCAUUGCAUUCAACAAACACUUGAGUUGUGUUUCACUAGUCUUUGAGAACUGAAAGGAAUAUCAGAUGAAGAAAGCGAGCGUUACGUUAGACAUCGCCGGUACCGGUGCCGGCAUUUUACACGAACCCAAAAAGGGUUUAUCCGUUCUCACGGCUAUUGUCUUCAUUGCUGGUGAACUGGCCGGCAGUGGAGUUUUAGCCCUUCCCGAUGCUCUCGCAGAUAUGGGCUGGACAGGAAUUGCUGUAAUCAUAGUCAUUGGCUUAACAGCUGCUUAUUCUGGUGUGUGUUUAGCCCGUUGUUGGCUUAUGCUUGAAGAGCGAUGGCCUGAAUAUAGGAGUCCAACCAGAAAUCCGUUUGCAUCUAUCGCCCGUUGUUGGCUUAUGCUUGAAGAGCGAUGGCCUGAAUAUAGGAGUCCAACCAGAAAUCCGUUUGCAUCUAUCGGUUACCGAUCAAAUGGACAAUGGAUGAGCUAUGUCUGUUCAGCUGUAAUGCAAGUAACCUUCUUCGGCGGCGCCGUUGUAUAUCUGCUGUUGUGCUCACAAUUAGUCCAAUCUCUCACUCAUACCUUCUUAAGAAAAGUCACUUUCUGUGAUUGGAUUCUUAUAAUAGCAUUACUAUUGAUACCCCUCUCUUGGUUGGGAUCUCCGGCCGACUUCUGGCCUCUGGCUGUCGGUGCGAUCGGCACAACAAUCUGUGGACUUGUAUUACUGAUGAUUGAAGUGGGUAUCGAUGCGCCCAAACAUAUAUCGCACGCCACUUACGAAGCGCCGACAUUCUCGUCAUUUUUCCUCGGCUUCGGGACCGUUGUGUUUGCCUUUGGAGGCGCCGCUGCUUUUCCCACAUUUCAAAACGACAUGAAAGACAAAACCAAAUUUCCGAUCGCAGUUAUCGUCGGAUUUAUACUUCUCAUAGUGUUAUACCUUCCCGUAAGUGUCACGGGUUUCACAGUCUAUGGGAGUAUAGUUCAAAAUGAUAUAUUGGAUUCAGUCACUGAUGGUGGCCUCAAAACGACAAUCUCUGUCUGUUUUGCCAUUCAUUUAUUUCUCGCGUUUCUAAUACUCCUGAAUCCCGUCGCACAAGAAUUUGAGUCAUUUGCAAAUAUACCCCAAACUUUUACUUAUAAGCGAUGUAUAACCAGGACAAUAUUGAUGGUGGCCAUUGCAUUCACAGCAUUAUCUAUCCCACAAUUUGGCAAAAUAUUGAGUUUCAUCGGCGGUUCGUCUGUGAAUUUAAUGACAUUUGUUUUGCCCCCCAUUUUCUACCUCCGACUCGUCUCACAACAGGAUUUGAACAAAGAGUGGCCCAAAAGAGAAAUCACUUUAAAAGUCAAGAUAUUCCUAAUAGUCAUAGUCAUCAUUGGAAUAAUAGCCGGUGUAGCCAGUACAUAUUCAGCCAUUCGUGAAUUAAUAGACCCUGAUGCAUUCAAACCACCUUGCUAUAUCAGUCUCCAGUCAUUUUAUGCAUCAUAGGAACAGU